AGUUUCAAAUGCCGACGGAAUAAUGCCCACCAUCACUUUCGCGUCGCCAGGUGACGCUGGAGGAAAUAUAUCCCGCAAUCUGGCUACCAGCGGCCAGCACCUUUUUAUGGAUUUCAGCAAGAUUGGGUUAGGUUUGCCUUGUCCUCUUGCUUUCGACAAAAGGCGUUGCCAACCCGUGCUCCCCUAACUCGAGUAUUCUUUCUCAGACCGUCCCUCCCCAAGUUCCUCUCUACCAUGUCGAAACCUACCGUUCUCCUCAUUGGAGGACUGGCACACACAGAUAAAGAGUGGGAAGGGUUGAGUUCAAAAUACAAUCUGAAGGAGUUCCGAAAGGGCACACGCGAGCAGUUCCUCUCCAACUGCAGGACUGGCCAGUACGACGACGUCGUGGCGCUCUACCGCUCCAACCUAUCCACGUCAGAAACAGGCCCCUUCGAUCAGGAGCUGGUGUCUGUCCUGCCUCGAUCUCUGCGAUACAUCUGCCACAACGGAGCGGGAUACGACAACAUUGACGUGGACGCUUGCACCCGGAGAGGACUCAAGAUAUCCAGCACACCAAUUGCAGUCGAUGACGCCACCGCUGAUGUCGGUAUCUUCCUCAUGCUGGGUGCUCUGCGGCUGGCAUGGGUACCUUUAGUGGCAAUCCGAGAAGGCAAAUGGCGUGGGGAGGCCCAACUCGGACACGAUCCAAAGGGUAAAGUGCUGGGUAUCUUGGGAAUGGGGGGAAUUGGCAGAGCAAUGGCUCAUCGAGCGCGAGCAUUUGGGAUGAAGAUUGCCUACCACAACCGAACACGCCUGCCAAAAGAGCUCGAAGGUGAUGCGACUUACCUCAGUUUCGACCAGUUGCUCGCCCAGUCCGACGUGCUCAGCCUGAAUCUCUCUCUGAACGCGAAAACACGACAUAUAAUAUCUGCGCCCGAAUUCGCCAAAAUGAAAGAGGGAGUGGUGAUUGUCAAUACCGCUCGAGGGGCGCUGAUCAACGAGAAGGAUCUGGUGGCGGCGCUGGAAAGCGGCAAAGUGUCGUCGGCCGGGCUGGAUGUGUUUGAAGAGGAGCCCAAGGUGGAAGAAGGGUUGUUGAAGAAUGAAAAGGUCUUCAUUGUGCCGCAUAUAGGCACCAGUACCUACGAGACACAGCGAGAGAUGGAGUUAUUGGUGUUGCAGAAUCUGGAGAACGCGGUGGACAAGGGGUCUCUACUGACACCUAUUGCGGAGCAGAAGGGAAAGCUGAACGGCCAUUUAUGAUGACGUUCCAAGCCAGUCUAGCAUAGACAUAGAUGGUAAAUGGUGCUCGGGUAGAAUUAGGACGACUAACCUGGAUAUGCGGGGAGUAUUUGAUCCUUCAACAAUGAUGGUGUUCCAGCUACGAAGAAAACUAGUUG